AUGGCACAAAAUGGAGCUCCUGGUAGUCGGGUCCAAGGGGUCUCACUGGGCUUCCCGGCCGUCCAGGAUUCAGAGGACCUCCUGGGAAUAAAGGGUGAGAAAGGAGAUAUUGGAGAUAAGGGUGACUUGGGUCUACCUGGAACUUCAGGGUCAAAGGGUGAGAGGGGCAGCAAAGGUGAAAAGGGUGACCAGGGUCUGGAUGGUCCUUCCGGAGAACCAGGGCCAAAAGGAGAAGAUGGUCAAUGCCCGCAAAGCUGUGCACCCAUACCUGGACAAGAUGGUGCACCUGGUCUUCCUGGACUUGUAGGUGCACGUGGGUUACCUGGUCUGAAUGGAGACCUUGGACCCAAAGGGCAGAAGGGAGAUCCAGGUGUGGCAGGUGGACCUGGCACUCCAGGUGACACAGGGCCAAAGGGUGACCAAGGUCCACAGGGCCUAUGCAAUUGCCAUGAUGGGGCUCCAGGAGCCCAGGGUCAAAAGGGAGACAAAGGUGAUAAGGGAGAUAAUGGGUUGACAGGGGCACAGGGUGUGAAUGGAACCACAGGCCUUAAAGGUGCCAAGGGAGACAUGGGAUUGACUGGCAUUCCUGGACCUUGCUCACCUACAGUGCAAUCUGCUUUCUCUGCCACUAUUACUACCUCUUAUCCUGCACCAAACCGCCCGGUUCUUUUCAAACGUGUAAUCUACAACUUAAACCAGAACUAUAGUCCUGAUAAUGGUGUAUACACAGCCCCUAUUAACGGAACCUACGUGUUUAGCUACAACUUACAAGUGUCUACCCGUAUGCUGAAGGUUGGACUCUUCCGCAACUUUGAGGCCGUAGUGAGGACAACUACACCGGUGGAAAUGAACACCGCUUCUCAGCAGGUGGUGAUGGGUCUGGGUCAAGGUGAUUGGGUGUGGUUGCAGGUGAAAGACAGCACCACUAAUGGCAUUUUUACUGGCACCGAGUCCAGCAGCACAUUCAGUGGGUAUCUAUUGUACCCUGACAGAUGUGAUGACAUGUUGUCAAGAGAUUUCAUGGAAAAUGUGUUCCCCACUACAGAUCUUAACUGGGCGUAGAGACCUACAUCUGCAUCCCACACUCUACUACUUAAACUCCUAGUCAAUCUCUACUUUCUAAACCAGCACGCAAAUAUAGCCAUUUCUUCUGGAGGCUGCCGUUCUGUAGAACUAGUUCCAAACCUAGGCAAACACACCUGAACCAGCUAAUCAAUGUGUUCAGGAUUACUUUAAACUAACAGGCAAGUAUAUUAAAGCAGAGUUGGCACUAGAGUCUGAAGAAUAGCAUUCAGCCAGGAAUAUGGUUGACUAACCCCAGCUUAGACCUACACCCAAAAUGUAUCCGAAAAACUUAGACCCAACUUUCUGAAUCUAAACUUUUAUCUACUCCUUAGACAUUCACAUUAAACUGUUAAGGUGUAAGGUGAAAAAAUCUAAACUUUCUACUUCAAUGUAGACCUAUAUACAAGAUUCCUAGUUCAAACUUAUCUUCUCCCUAGAUCUGCACCCUCAUCCAUUGGCUACAUCCAAACAUCUAAUCUUAAAGUUUUAUCUACUCCCCGGGGUGCCUUUAAACCUGCAACCUACACCCAACAUUCUCCAAUCUAGACCUUCACCCAAGUGUCCUAAUCUAAACUUUUAUCCACCCCUAAACCUGAUAGGCUUGACCAAAGCUUCUAAACCUAAAAUAUAUCUACUUUCUCCCAGUCCCUGAAGGCAGUCCUUAAAUUGUUUACCUUCACCCAACAGUCCUAACCUUCAACUUCACAGACACAACGUUGACCUUCACACAACU